UGACGCUGCGCAGGUCGCUUUCGCGAUCACCACACACAGACGGCCUGACUGCACCGCGCUGAGCCGCUAUGUUGCCCGACGCCCACCCCCACAGAACAUAGCCAUGCCCAAUCCAAGACAGCGCUAUCCGCUCCUCCUCCUCAUCGCCUGCUCCUCCUUCUUCGUCCUAUGCGCUUUCCUCUACGUUCGACCCUACAUUGCAGCCGCAGUCGGUCCGUACAGACCCGUCCAUGAUCCUUACCAGCAUACGACCCGCUACGCACUCGCCGACAAGUAUGUAGGCAAUGACUUCUUCAACCACUGGAUGUGGGAGAGCCUCGACGACCCAACGCAUGGGCGCGUCAACUACAUCGACAAGUGGACAGCCAGACGCACCAAUCUGUCCUUCGCGUCGGACACAAAGUUCGUCAUGCGCGCAGACCACACAAACCGCGUUGCGCCGAACGCCCGCGGGCGGGACAGCAUCCGCAUCCACUCCAACAAAGCGUACGCCGACUCCGUGACCAUCCUCGACGUCGAGCACAUGCCCGAGGGCUGCGCGACCUGGCCCGCCUUCUGGUCGCUCAGCCAGGCAGGACCGUGGCCCGCCGGCGGUGAGAUCGACAUCAUCGAAGGCGUGAACCUCCAAGUGGGCAACACCAUGUCCCUCCACUCGCUCCCCGGCUGCGUGAUGCCCGCGCAACCCUCGCGCGCGCAUACAGGCACGACGCUCUCCACCAACUGCGACACACGCGUGAACUACAACCAGGGCUGCGGCGUCGGCGGCCCACCCACGUCGUACGGCGCGCCGCUCAACGCGCGCCGCGGCGGCUGGUUUGUCAUGGCGCGGUCGAAGGACGACGGGAUCCGCGGCUGGUUCUGGGCUAGGGAUGAUUCGGGCGUGCCUGAUCAAGUGAAGGGAGGCGCAGAGGUGCGCGAAGUGAGCCCGGGCCCGGCGUGGGGCCCGCCCGUGGCCCAUUUUCCUAUGGGGAGGGAGUGUGAUUAUGAAGCGCAUUUCAACGAGCAUAUGUUUGUCUUUGACUUGACAUUCUGCGGUGACUGGGCGGGAAACGCGUACCCGACAAGCGGAUGCAGCGGGUCGUGUGUUGACUUGGUGGACAAUCAUCCUGAAGCGUUCGUCAAUGCGUACUGGGAGGUGAACUCGCUCCGCGUCUACACGCCCGCAUCGCAACGCUAGCUUGCCGCGUUUCGCACACACACACAUACUCUUCUAGGCAUGGACACUGACACUGGUGAUAUACGGAUCACUAAUACAAAACACGUCUACCUCUUGUCGCCGGACCUCAAGCGUGAGGAAGGUACACCG